AUGUCGACGAAAGCAGAAGGGCCAUCAUCUCCACGACAGUUUUUUGCACGAAUUUAUGGACACCUCGAAGCGAAAAAGGUUGAUGGUACCGAUAAUAACGAAGAAAAACCCAAGCCGAAAUCGAGCUUCGACUUUACUUCAAAUAUUCUUCUGUACAAUAGAAACACGUUAGAUGCAGACAAUUCGUGCAAUUCCUCAACCGAUGAAGUUAUACAAGUAAUGAGCAUAAAAGAAAGAUCCUCGGAACGAGGCGAAAAACAGAAUAACAAUGAAACAAACGCGUUAGCCAACGAGAAAGAAAAGACCUCGAAUUUUGUUAAUUUAAGAUUACCAUUGUUUCAUGAGCUCCAUCAAUCUGGGCCGGUUAAUAAUCCUGUAUUCUUAUCUCAAGUUACAUAUCCGUCUGCGCUUCCACCACAUUUUCAUAAUUUGCCGUAUUUCCCAACCACGGAACACCAUUUGCAAGGAUUCUCAGCUUUCUGUAAGAGGAAGGAAGGACGACCACGGAGGCAAAGAACUACUUUCAGCGGGGAACAAACAUUGAGAUUGGAAGUCGAAUAUCGUAGGGGAGAAUAUAUUUCCCGAGGAAGAAGAUUUGAACUUGCUACAUCCCUGCACCUUACGGAAACGCAGAUAAAAAUUUGGUUUCAAAAUCGUCGUGCCAAGGACAAGAGGAUAGAAAAAGCGCAGCUUGAUCAAUAUUACCGGAACUUAGCAAUUUCCAGUACAAUGAUAAAUUUACCAAUUUAUGGUAGGAAUGGAUUCUGUGAAUUCUGCUUUUAUAAAAAAACCUUUGGAUCUGCGACUAACCAUUCUUGUACUUUGAUGAAUCCUGUUACUGGAACUUUUACAAAAUCACAAUGUAAUGAAAGUGAAGUGUUAGACAAUACACCAAAUGUCUUUUCUCAUAAUCUAAUAGAAAUAUUAAAAAACAUUAAUAUCAUGCAUAAUCUGUCAUUUAAAACCCCUAUGUCUAAACAAAUGAAUCUAAUAUUCCUACCUGUAGUUGUACAACAGAAGCUAGCAAGAAGCCUAGCAAAGCCUAGCCUUGCU